GCUUGUGUUUGUGCUGGGAGGAGUCUCACAUACCUGGCAACACCGACAGUCGUUUUGUUAGCGCCUCAUUGAGCCAAGAUGGCAGACUUCGAAGAGCUCAGCGACGAAGAGAAGGUCCGCAUUGCAGCUAAUUUUGUGUUGCACGCUCCUCCAGGAGAGUUCAAUGAAGUCUUCAAUGAUGUUCGAAUACUGCUCAACAAUGAUAAUCUUCUCAGAGAGGGAGCAGCUCACGCCUUUGCCCAGUACAACAUGGAUCAAUUCACCCUUGCUAAAAUUGAUGGAUAUGAUGAUCCGGUCCUGAUUACUGAGCAUGGAGACCUGGGUAAUGGUUGCUUCUUUGACCCUCACAACAAGAUCUCCUUCAAGUAUGACCACCUGAGAAAGCAAGCCAGCGACCCCCAGCCCCAUGAGGGGGAGGCAGCCCUCAAGUCGUGGAGGGAUGCCUGUGAUUCUGCUCUGAGGGCCUAUGUCAAGGAGCACUACCCCAGUGGAGUUUGCACUGUUUAUGGGAAAACAAUCGAUGGCCAGCAGACCAUUAUUGCUUGUAUCGAGGGUCAUCAAUUUGAGCCCAAAAACUUCUGGAAUGGUCGCUGCCGGUCUGAAUGGAAGUUCAGUGUCUCACAAUCUUCGGCACAGUUGGUCGGAGUCAUGAAGAUACAGGUUCAUUAUUAUGAGGAUGGAAAUGUGCAACUGGUCAGCCAUAAAGAUGUACAGGAAGCACUGACUGUGUCUAAUGAGAGCCAGACUGCAAAGGAGCUGGUGAAAAUUAUUGCGGAUGCAGAGAAUGAAUACCAGGUGGCCAUCAGUGAGAACUAUCAGACCAUGUCGGACACCACGUUCAAAGCCUUACGCAGACAACUCCCCGUCACCCGCACCAAGAUUGACUGGAACAAGAUCCUCAGCUACAAGAUUGGCAAGGAGAUGCAGAAUGCUUAGAGGACAGAGGCUGCUGGGGUUACAACAGACAUAUUGAAGAGAAGCAGAUGCUUUUGCACACGUGUGAUGCAACAUAAUGUACUGUAUGUCCUUCUACAAGAGACAUUUCUUUGUUUUUCAGGAGAAUAACAGUUUCCGUUAUGCACUACGAGGGGAUUCCUUCAUUUUCAAAUGACAUUGAGUGGCGUAACUGCAAACAUAUAUACAUUAUUUUUAACAAGUAAUGCCUUUAGUGACAUUUUGAAAGUUUGCGUCAUUUUCUGCGAUUUGAAUUCUCACAGUCACAUUCAACACAAACAUAUUCUGAUUCCCCCCAGUGCUUCAAAUGGACACACAUCCUCCCAAAACCCCUUGACUUUCAUGUAGCAACUUAUUUCUUUCUAUAUGACAUAACUGAUACUCUUUAAGAGCCUCCAAUACCUUCAUUUUUUUUUAUUAAGAGAAGGCAAAUACUGUAUGCAGUUUGUUAUGUGAACUGACUGAAGAGACAUGCCAAAUUGUUCAAUUUAUAUUUCAUUCUGAGGAUCCCAUCUGAUUAUAUUUAAGCAUCCCCUGAAUGCAGGGUGGUAGUUGGCAGACAUGCCAAAGCAUACAUUUUUUCCCAUUCGCUGAACAUAUUUUGUCUUCCUUGUUUCUCUCUGUUGUCGAGAGAUAUUUUCGGUGAUAAUUCCUCUAUACCCCUAGUACUGAUAAAGUGUUGGUGUCCCCCUGCCAGCUGUUUGCCUUUAGCUUUUGCUCUAUUUUUUUAUACAAACUGUAAGUACAUUUAUUCAUGAAAUAAAAAGUAUGACCUUCA